CGGCGUGGUAGUUUGGCGCCAGCGAUUUCGCGGGGUAACGACACAAGGAGCAGCGCUGCGGAGGAAGGAAGCCGAAACGCCAGGCACAAAACGCCGGACUACGGAGCCACGGACGUCGGGAAAAGCGACGCGGACGGCCGGUGUGAAUUCCCGGGUUGGAUGCUGUGUCACUUCAGCUUCUUGCGUUUCCUCCUGAACUCCGCGGGCCUUGAGGAGGUGAGUAAUAAUGAUGGCGACGGCGGAGCCUCCGAGCAGCUCCAGCUUCCUCCCUCUGCUAGAGUCUCUGGAGGACAGCGCUGCCGGAGAGUCCGAGAAGACGGACGCCUACCUCACCAUCGCCAAUCGGCUCAGUGGCGAAGAAGGCCGCCAGUUUCUGCCUGCAGUUGAAAAGCACUUUUCUCGUUUGGGUAAAGCCAUCUUGGCUCACAUAACCAGUCCGAAUGCGGAUCUGAGCCAAGCUGCCCUGCAAGCUUUAGGGUUUUGUGUGUACCAUUCCCAUGUGGUCUCCGGAGUGCCUGAAGCCUUUGCAGCAGAAAUACUUUCGGCACUUUGCUCCCUGGUGGUAAAGUCGACGGACAAGAACACGUGCACCAGAGCGUUGUGGGUCAUCUCCAAACAGAGCUUUCCUCCAGAUGUAGUCGCCAAAAAAGUGCCGUCCAUACUGGGAACUCUGGAGAGUGUGUGGUGCAGAGAGGACAUCCAGUCUGUAGUAAUGGAGCAUGAAGCCCUGAAUGUCAUCAUCAGGAUGCUGGAGCAGGUGCCAGCCCAGAUGGGUGAUGGAGCAGUACGCUGGGCGAAGCUGAUCAUUCCCCUGGUCGUCCACUCUGCCUCCAAGGUGCGUCUGCGGGCCGCAGCGGCCAUGGAGAUGGGCAUGCCUCUGCUACUGGAAAAGCAGACGGAGGUGGCUGCUAUCAUCGAACCCAUGAUGUCCUCGAAGCUGAUCCCAGAGCUGCAGAAGCUUUUCAUGACAAAGAAUGAAACCAACGUCCUGAAGCUCUGGCCCUUAUUUGUGAAACUGCUCGGGAAGCUGCUGCACAGAGGAGGUCCCUUCAUCAACUCUCUGCUGCAUCUGGAGGAGCUCGGUUUCCGCAGCUCCUCUCCCACCGUCAAGAAGAUUGCCUUCAUUGCCUGGAAGAGCCUCAUAGAUAACUUUUCCCUCAAUCCAGACAUCCUGUGCAGUGCCAAACGUAUGAAGCUCUUGAUGCAGCCGCUCGCAUCCAUCCACGUCAGGACAGAAGCCCUGCUGCUCACCAAGGUGGAGGUCUGGUGGUACCUGGUGGUCCAGCUGGGACCCAACCUGUCGUCCAACUUUGAUCAGGUAUCCGUGCCUCUGCUCCAGUGCACCAUCGGAUCCGACGGCCCUACAGUCUCAGGCACUCCCUCGAGAGCGGUCGCUCAAAACGGUGCCGCUACACCUGGCACACCCAAAAGUGGCGCCCCGGGCUUCAGCAGCCAAGCCAACACGUCUCGGAUGAGCCUGAACUCCAGUGUCCAGGGCCCCUCCGCCUUCCCCUCCAUCCAGCUGCUGGGCCUGGAGAUGUUGCUGCACUAUUUCCUGGGGCCGGAGGCUGUUGCCACGGCGGCAAAGACGAAACUCAUCCUGAGCCUUGAGCCCUUGAACCACCCGCUCCUCUCUGGUGCCUCCUCUUUCGCCAAACACGCCGCUGUGCUCAUCUCGAACAUCAGAGACGGAUUCACCAACAUCGGCAAGGACGCUCCGGAUUCCCUUUUGGCUGUCAUAUGGACGAGCCUUGUCCGUUUCGUCAGCUUAACUAUAGAGUCUGUAGGAAGUAAGAAGGACCGUCAGGGCUGUGAAGUCCUCACACUGACGCUUCAGGCUCUGCAGAGCAUCGUCACCUCUGAAGCUCUGCCCGCAGACAGAGUCCUGGUUCUGUUCGAGGCCACAGCGAAAGGUAUUCCCCAGAGAGUUCUCGGCUCUGCCUCCUACCAAGUCGGCAAAAUGGAUGUGCUAAAUGGAACACCGGCUCUCUUUCUCAUCCUUCUCCUCUACAACAGCAGCAUGCUCUCAGCCUACAUAGAGGACGAGAGGUUUUUUCAGUGCCUUCAAACGCUGGUGGGCUGCGGCCUGUCGGGCCCCACCUCCCCUCUGGCGUUCGGGGAGGCGGUGCUGGCUGCCCUCAGAGGCAGCGCCGGGUCCCUGCAGAACAAGGAGCAGCUGUGGAGGAUGUGGAGCGCGAUGGUCAGCCCGCUCACCGACACCAUCACACAGUCUAAUGAAGUCAACCAAGGCGACGCUUUGGAGCACAACUUCAGUGCCAUGCACUCUGCCCUGCUGUUCCCCAUUACACACCUACUGCGCGGCACACCACUACAGCAGGCGGCCCAGAAGUCGAUGCUGUCGACGUGGUCGAAGCUUUACAAGGUGUUCGCCCGCUGCUCGGCACUGGUGGUCACAGCUGAGGAGAACAUCUGCUGCGAGGAGCUCUGCGCAAAGAUGACGGCCUCCAUAGACAAAGACGCCUUAGCGGUUCCUUCAACAUUAAAUGCUGUUGCCAGUAUCCUCCAAGUCAUGGUCGAGUGCGUGGACUUCUCGCCCUACACUCCUCAGUUUCAGCAAAAGCUGAAGUCUCCUCACACUCCUGUAAACUGGAUGAGAAAGAGGAAUAAGGCCCUGGGGAACCUGUCCACGUUCCAGUCCCUGCUGGUACAAUGUCUAGAGGUUUAUCUGGAGGGCGCUGAGGCUUCGUCUGAGGCCACGGGAGGCGCCCUGGUCUCCAUCCUGUCUGUGCUCUUCACCAACCUCGCCCUCGCCAACGCUGUCCAGGAGGCGCUCGCUUCUCUGAUUCAACCUCUCGCCCUCUUCUACAAACGAGCCGCCGGCGAGCCGCCCAAAUUCACACCGCAGCUUCUGGGAAAGCUGGAGAAGCUUCUCGGAGAGGUUCUCGGCUGCCUGCAGAGCCGCUCUGCUUUGGCCUACAAUGAUGAGCUCCUGGCUCUGCUUUCUCCUCUGCUGUGUGCGCUGUUUCCACACAAGAACAAGCAGCUCCGCACCUCGGUGACCCAGUUCUGGAACGCCACCUUUGCCAACUCAGUCAGCCUCACUUACCCCGAUGAGAUCAGGCCAGUACUGAGCCAAGCGAAGCAGAAGAUCCCGAUCAUUCUUCCCGGCUUUGAGCUGGUCACCGUUUCUGACGAGCUCAGUGGACAGUAUUCGAGUGAGAGUUCCCAGUUGGACACCAAGCUCAGCGGGAUGGCCGUUUCAUCUGUGGGGAAGAGGGAGUCACUGCUGGGAAAGGCUGCUGAGCCGAAGGACAGGAGCGCCAUGAAGACUUCCAAGCCAGUUUCUACAAAGCUGGACUUUGGCUCUCCCAAGCCUCCCCGCAGAGAGGUUUUGGAGGAAGAGGCCUCCGUCGACUUUGUCUUCAUUCCCCCUGAGACGAAGGAGAGAGUUUUGACGGAGCACCAGAAGGAAGUUAAAAGGACCAAAAGGGUUGACAUCCCGACCAUGUACAACAACCUUGAUGCCUCCCUGGAUACCACGGUUUUCACUCAGUACACUCAGAGUCAAGAGGACUCUUUGGACAAACUGCCAACAGAACAGGCUGACAAGGUUACCAAAGAGGCUCCUGGCAAGGUUCCUCAGGAAGAUGUUGAAAAUGAGGAAGACACUGAAAUUCUAACAAAAGAGACUCAAGACUAUGCCAGCCCGAAAGAAGUAGAAAACCACCUGCAGGCAGAGCUGAUCCCAGAGUCAGCAGAUGUUUCCAUGGAGGACGAUACCAAGACUGAGGAUAGAGCAGAAGACAUGGACAUGCAGUCUAAAGAAGGUUCAAGUCCUAACAUCUCGGGCUCUUCAGAUUUGGUAACAGGGACUCCUCAGAAACCCAACAGUCGGCGUCAGUCCUUUAUUACUCUUGAGAAGUAUGCUGAGGGAAAGUCUGCCAGUCCCAGCAGUGCAUCCAAGUUCACAGGUCCCCUGAUGAAGACCUCGAAUAGGCACGAACACUCUAAUACCAACAAGACAUCCUCUUCUCAGGCUUCCCAGAUACCCGCUAGCUCAAACUCUAAGGAUUCCCAAUCCACUCAGACAGGGAAAAUAAACCCUCAGCAUCCUUUGAACAAUGCCACGGAGUCCCCUCGAAGACCAAAAGACUCUUGGAUGAAAAGUGAGCCUGUAAGGCUCACUGAAAGAAUGCCCAGUGACACAACAGAGGAAGAAGAUGUUAUCGCAGACACCCAGACUGAAGUGGAGGGCAAAGAGAGUACAAAAAUGACUUACACAUCAGAGGAAAUUAAACCAUCAAGUCAGGAAGAGGACUUGGAUGAUUCUCAAUCCUCUGUGACCCAGACUUCUCCAGGUGAACGAAGACGGUCUGGACGCUACAGAGUCAGACCUCUCCUGCCUGGAGAGGACCCUGAGGAACGGGAAGAGAAGAACAUCCAGUUAAAAAAGAGACGCUCUGGAGAGGUGCUGAACAGUGAUUCUCCAAAGUCAAGCUCAAUACAAAGCAGACCAAACACAAGAAGUAAGCAGGCUGCUGAGGAGGACAGUUGCAGAGAGAGAUUACGAACAAGGGCCCAGAGGGACAAGAAUGAGACAAGCCAAACCAAUUCUCAGGGCAGAGCACACAAGAAGAUCAAACUCUAUAGCAGUUCAGAGGAGGUCCGUAAUAAACCUGAACCCAGAAGGAGAAGCACCAGAGAACAAGAGUCUAGCCAGACUGACCUACAGUCAGACACACAGUCUGACUAUGAAAGCCAGUCACAGGGUAGGCGCAGACGGCGGAGCAAAGCAUCAUCAGAAACUGAUGAGGAGCGGGGACUGAAGAAAAAGGUUGUGCCCGAGAAAGAACAGUCUAGCCAAACUGCCACACAUGAGCUUGAGGUUGUAGAACAGACGGAAAAGGAUGAUAAUGAGUUAAAGAGAGACUCUCAGAUGAUCAGUCCUUCUCUUCAAACUGGUAACAGCUCCCAAGAAUCUGAGCUUGUAGAACAGACCAAAAAGGAUGAUAAUGAGUUAGAGAGAGACUCUCAGAUGAUCACUCCUUCCCCUCAAACUGGUAGCAGCUCCCAAGAAUCUGAGCUUGUAGAACAGACCAAAAAGGAUGAUUAUGAGCUAAAGAGAGACUCUCAGUUGAUCACCACACAUGAGCUUGUAGAGCAGACUGAAAAGGAUGAUAAUGAGUUAAAGAGAAACUCUCAGAUGAUCACUCCUUCCCUUCAAACUGCUGAUGGUAGAUCCCAAGAGUUUGAGCUUGUAAAACAGACUGAAAACAGAGAGAGAGAUUCGAUAGUCAUUUCUACUCCAACUAACGAGUCUCAAGACGGAACAAACAGGACAAACAAGUUGGUGAAUAAAUCACAGGUCAAAGACGAACACAAGACACCAGAAGGUACUGAUGAAAACCUUAGUCAAGAGAACUCCCAAGAGAUCACACCAUCCUCUGAUAGCCAGUCUCUGCGUAGAUCCAGAAGAAGCAAGGCCUCAUCUGAGGCGGCAGAGUCUGAAGAAAAAAGUGACAGUAAGGACUCAUUAGGAAGGAAGAGUCGGUCUAAUUCUCAGACAAAUGUAUCAGCUGUUGGUCAGGCAGAGGCCAGAAUGGCAGGUAGGACCAGAAGGAGCAAAGUACACGAAGAGCGGUCAAAAUCAAGUCCUAGCUCAACCCCAGAGAGCUCUCAGUCAUUAGAUCUUGCUCAAUCAACAGAGUCCUCCCAAGGCAGGGGCAGAUACUCAAGACGAAGGUCUUCUCAAGCGUUAGCCAGUACGGAGUCCUCAGAGUCUGAAUCCUCAGUGGCCAGAGAAAAUUCCCAUAUGCCCAAAAAGAGGGGGAGGAAACCUCGAGCUUCUCUUCCAAGCCCUCUCACCCUUGAAUCUAAAGAAGACAGACUUAAUAAUGAUAUGGCAAAGGACGUUGCUGAUACUUCUCAAAAAGCAGAUACACCAAGCAUAGAAGCUAAAAAUGUAUCAGAUUCAGAGGAAUCGCCGAAAAGCCAAGAUUUGCGGGGUUCUGAAUCACUCCAUGUUACUGGUGAUAGUGAGGAACAAAGUAACAGAGAAUCACCAAUGGAGGCAGAUGUUGAUGCUGCUGUAGCCUUGGAGCAUGUUGCUCCAGAGAAAACUGAGAUUGAAGACACAAAUGAGAACAGUGUGUCACCUCGCAAGGAGGAGCAAAGAGACUCUGAAAGAAACACUGAUAAUACUUCUUUGCAAGAAAGUGACAUUGGGGACUUGGAAAUGCUUGAAUCAGUUGGGAUCACUAAUGAACAGAUUCAGGAAAAGUUGCCCAGUGACCCCUCUGCUGUGGACACAGUGGCGCCCCCUGAUGAGACAACAGAGAAACCUCAGCUCUCAGAGUCUUCGGAGGACAAGGCUGAAGUAGUUCCUGAAACUGGAGACAGUGUUAAAGAAAAUCAAAAAGAUGACUUAGACCGCCAAGAACUUCCAGUUUCAGUGGAAGACACAGCUCAAGUUGGUCGUAGUGACUCCUUUUCACAAAAGCAGGUAGACUGUCCAAAUGUCAUAGAGGAGCUUUCAAAGGAGGAUGAACAGUCUGCCUCAAACCAGCAUACAGAGACCAGGACUGAGGAAGAGAUCACACCUCUACAGGAGAAUGAUAAAGAAAGCGAAACCCAGGUUAUGGAGCGUCAGGAUGAAGAGAAAACUCAGACCGCCAACACUGAGAAUGAUGUAGUUGUAAAUUUGGAUGCUGCUCUGACUGAUCUUUGUGACGCUUCAGUGCCUGCGGACUCUGCUAGCAAAGGUGUUUUUCAGGAUUCUCCGGUGAAGCAGCAGGACCUGGAGGCUGUCAUGGGGUCAGAUGUUGGCCAAAGCCCCAGCAGUGGCAGGACCAAAGGAACCUGGUCUCCUUCAGCCUCCCCCUCCACCAGUAUUCUUAAGAAGGGCCAGAAGAGACCACUAGAGGAGGAGACUCCCUCACCUCUUGUCAAAUCCAGACGUGUGUCUUUUGCUGAUCCAAUCCAACAGCAGGAAACGGCAGACGACAUUGAUCGUCGCAGCCCUGCAAUCAGAACCAGUUCCCCCAGAAGAUCCAAAAUUAGCAGUAUCCCGCACCCCAAGUAUGUCAGUACUCCAACAAAGGGCUUGCUGAUCCUGAGCCCCAGAAAUCUGCGCAGUCCGGGUUACAAGAGCUCCAAGAAAUGCCUGAUUUCCGAAAUGAGCCAAGAGCCUCGACCUGUCUCCAAAGACUGUAUCUAUCCUGCCCUGGUCGGCUGCUCUGCACCCGUAGAAGCCGUUCUGCCUCAGAUAUCCUCCAACAUGUGGUCUCGUGGCUUUGGGCAGCUUGUUCGAGCCAGAAACAUCAAAACGGUCGGCGACCUCAGUGCUCUAACUCCCAGUGAAAUCAAGACUCUGCCAAUUCGCUCCCCAAAGAUCUCCAAUGUCAAGAAGGCACUUAAAAUUUAUGAGCAACAGCGUAAAGAUCGAGGUGGUGAUGAGUUGAAGAGUUUUGAUGAAAUGGAGAUGAUGACCUCUGAACUGGAGGAGACCAGUGCUCCUCAAAACCAGGAUGAUGAGGAUAAGACCUCAGGCGAAACGCUAGCAACAGAGCUGCUGGACGAGCCUGUUCCUGCAGAUGGGCGGCCGCAGCAGGACGGCUCCGGGAAUCGGACGCUUGACGCGCCGGCGGGAGAACACUACCAGCAACCACCCGAGGGACGGCCGCACCCUGACGGGCUGCUGUCAGAGGUGGAGGCUCUGACCUGCCGGAUGACGCCGCUAGAACUCGGCGGCUGCUCGCCACGGCAGCUCGUUCAGAUGCACGACCGGCUGGGGGGCAUGAUGAGGCGCGUGGUGGUCGAGCUGCAGACGCGCCUCUGCCAGACGGACGGCAAACCCUGAAGAGACUUCUGCUUCUGCUGGAUCAGACAGCUGUACAGGCGUUGAGAGGCACAUAAAAAGAUGGAUCUGUUCGAGGAGACUCCGUGACUAAGGAUAAAAUAUCAAAUAUCCGGCCAGGCUUUGGGCAAAUGGACGUGUUAAAUCGGCGGAUUUUACAGAGGAUUUUAUGGUUUUAACUCUCAGUAUACAUUGGCCUUUUCUCACAUUUCAUCUUUCUUUGCUAAAGAUGUUUUUUUAAUAAAUGCUAGCAGCGCAUUUUUUUUUUUUUUUUUUUUUUGAACCUCUCUAGCUUGAUCUUUUGAGUAGUUUAUAUGAUUUUUAAGAAGCACUCAAAGGGAAGCACAGUCACACUUUUCAAGCUGUGUCAAGAGAAGAUGAUGAUCUUUAUUAAUUGUAGUCUUGACAGGGACAAGUAUUUUCCUACUGUCCUCCGUAGACUUUGUAAUAAGGGACUGAUGUAAGGCUACGAAUGUAUGUGAAGAAAAAUGACUCCACAUGCUGUUGACCCUUCCAGUUUUGCACAUAUACUUUUUCUCUCGUGUAACAUCGGCCCCCCCCCCCAUGUGCCCUGUUUUUAGACUGUUUACAAUUCAACUCAUCAGUGCUCUUGUACUUUUUUGACGUUUUCUUAGUUUAUGAACCUUUUUGUAGAUGGUGGUAGACGGUCUGCACUUCGGUCUUCAUUUUUGUGGUUUUAAAUGCUCGAAUAAAAGGCAUAGCUGAUUUUU